GGGGUGGAAAGCACUUUUGGCGGUCUCACGUGUUGCUUCGCUGUAAACAUCGAUGAUCUGGAUUUAAUUCAAUUACCCAAACGUAACGAAAUGAUGUCCGAAUUCUUGUGUCGAUGUAAAUAUAAUCGAUCGUGGUACAUAACGAGAAGAAUUUCUUGUGGUUCGUAAAUAAAAGUAUAUUACACAAUGGAAAAAAGAAGAAUAAACAUACCGUGGCGGCCAUAAUGACGUUUUACUUUUUUAAAUAACGAAAUUGAAAUGAAUUACUAUGGAAUAUGAUACUAUGAUGAUACAGUAGUUCAGAAAAAUUCAAGAAUAAUUAAUAAGAUCUGUUCUUUCAAUAAUUAGAACCACAAUUUCGAGUAAACGAUACAGCAAAAAUAUGAUUUGUAGAAAGUGAAAUUUACUUCAUAAAUGAUAAUUCACAACUGGAUAGCUACACAAAGUUUUCAUUUUACCUCUGUAAUUCAUAAUUCCAAUAAAUCUUAAGACAAUACACUUAGAGAAAAUGUUCAAGUGAAAGCAAUAACACUUGUCCCUUGUAGACCUAAAAUCGAUUUCCCUGCGGCUAUUCACCCCUAUAAAACAUGCAACUGCAGCAGACUAUUGUGAAAUGAUCGAACAAAAAUUUCUAAUUUUAAUUUUAAAUCAAAUUAUCCAACGUCAUACAAAAUAUCGCUCUCAACUAAAGAUUCUGAAUCGGCCAUUUCAUAUGCAACAAUCUAAUAAUAAGUGAAUUAUGGUCGAAUACCGUGAACCGAUGUUCAACAGAUGUGAAACGAGAAGCAGGAAUAAAAAGAAAAUAAUCCACACUCGUUAAAUCAGCGUACAGGAGUAGUUUGAGCCAUUACUCUGAAAAGAAAGACGGGAGAAAAAGUUCAAAGGAGUACGGUACGCUUUGAUUAUUGGCACACGCCAUUGCUAAUAGCAGUCGUUCAAAAAUGAACGGGAAACGAGAAAUGUUGGAAUAGUAUUUCGAUGUUUCUUUUCCACUUUAGAAGCUUUGAUAAUUAAGUAAUAUAGAAAAGAAGAUUAUUUCCAAAUAUUUAAGAGAUAAUACUUCAAGCUAAUAUACAUAUAAUAUAAAUAUAUUGCUAAGAAAAAUAAAUUCUUGUUUUCAUGGCAUAUAUGUUUAUAUUUAAUUAAAAAACAUAAGUCAAGUUGAAAAGUAACGAUGGAAGAUAUUAAAUUCUGCAGUUGUAGCACUACGUAUAACACUGUGUCUGCGGAACCGGAAAAUUGAUCCAAAGAUUGGUUUCAAAAGAAAGUUAUUUUUACAAGAAAAAGUAUCAGUUCUUUUCUAUCUACAUAUAUUGUUUAAGAAUAUUGGAAUAAUCAGAAAUACUAGAGUUUGAAAAAUUCUUGUUAUAUUGUGAUUUUAUAAAAUAUUAACUUUUUCAAAAAUAUAAUUUAAUAAUUAAUUUUAAAAAAUUCUAUUUGUUAGUUAAUAUAAUCGCUAAAUAUUUAAAUUAAAAAAAAUUAUGAUUGCAUUCAUAUUUAAAAGUUCAUAUUACUUUUAAAACUAUUGGCAGAUAUUUCAUUUAUGAAUAUUCAUUUACGAAUAUUCAGUUAGUUUCAAAAUUUCUAUAUGGAAUGCGGAGCAUCUGCAAAGGAACAUAAAAUAUAAAUUCAACCCAUAGUUAAGCUCUAAGUAAGUCGAUUUACGACAAUACCCAUAAACAUAUAGUAGUGUCCUUUACUGAAAUAUUCAUUGCAAGUUGGUUCUGUGGUUAUAUGGUUUCUAUUUUUUUUUCUUUUGGCUUAUUGCAUUGAGCAGUUUUUCAUUUUAAAAAAUUCUCUCUUAUUUAUACAUUACGAAAAGAAUGUAUUAUAAUUAAUAAUUAUAAUUUUUAAUUCUUUCAUUCAUAAUUUUAAUAUCUUUUUUAUCAUUUUAUCAUUCAUAAUUAAAUUUAAUAUUAAUUGAAAAUAAAUUUUAUGUAAAAUUGAAUUAUAUUUUGUAUCAUAAUGAUAAUUGAAUAAGAUGUUAAGUUAAAAUGAAUGAUUUAUAAGAUAUCUGUAAAUUAAUUAAUAUAUUUAAAACAUUAAAAUAAAAUUUAUCAAAAGUUAAAAAAAAUUACAAAAUUUUUUAAUUAACAAUUAUUUAAAAAUUCAUCUCAAAUGAAUAUAAUGUAAUAAUUAAGAACUUCUUCAAUUAAUAUUUCAUUAAAUUAAUAUAAUUCUUCACAUUUGAUAUAUUUUGUUUUCUAUUUUCUAUUUUUAUUUAUUGGCAUCUAUUAUUAAAAAUUAACAAAUUAAUUACAAUUAAAACAAAAAACAUAGAUAUGUGGACAAUUUCGAUAAAAUACUUUCAUUAAAAUUUUAAUUAUAGAAUUUCUUUUUCAGAGAUUAAUUACAGCAUUAGCUAUUUCUGCAAUAAGCUCUCAUUUUCUCUAUCUUUAAUCAAAGCAUGUAUUUCUAUCGAAAAUUCGUGUUGAUUACAGUGUUGAAUUUCUUUGUAGUAUUCCCAAGCGAAAUCGUCAAUUCCAGCAUUUAACAAGAGGCACGGAAUAGUAGAAGCGUAGACACUUUCCACUUCUCUUUUUCAUUUUCUGAAUAGCGUUGGAUGAACUUCAACAGGAGAUCUCGGUUUAUUUAACCUGUAACAAAUUUCCUGGAUAAUUUACUUACAUGUCAGGAACCGCGAGAACAGUGUUUUAACUCGGCCACUAACUGGACACGCUUGUUGCAUCCAAUUGGGAGUAAUCUGCCGUAUAGCUGAUCGUAUUUGUGGUAUUUGCUUACUUUCGUAAACAUCAGAUUACUUUGUCGACGAUUAAUUUGAAUUUUACUUGCAUGUGUCAAGAUAGGAUAAAAUGAGAUUACUGGAAAAUAAAAAAUAUGAAUUAUAAAACAAUAUUAAUAGAAGAGAUGAUGUUAUGGCUUUGAACAAUAUCAAUGAAUGUAAUUUUAAGGAAUGAAAUUGAUAAAAUAUGAUUAACAUCUUGGUAUAUGAUUAAAUUGAAAUUUUUUUAAAGAAUGAUAUGAAUAUAGAUGAAAUGCGAUUAAGUUUGACAUACUUCGAUUGAGAUGAUGGAUGAAGGUGAAGUAUGAUUAAUAUCCUUUGGUGUACUAAUACAAUUUUAUUGAAAUUAUCUUUUAUGGAAAUAUUAAUUUAAUUUUUUUUCACAUAUAAAGAAUUCUAUUUAAAGAAUUUUUAUAUAAAGAAAGUAACAAGCACAUUUUAUGCUUAUAAUUUUUAAUGAAUUUCUGUGUUACAAUACUAUAAAAUGAGACUUUUAAUAAUAUACAAUACAUUAUAUUAUACAAAUAAGAUAAAAUAUGAAAAAGAGCAUUAUAUUUUUUACAAAUCUAUAUUUUUUGAUAAAAUUAUUCUAACAAAAGAUAGAAUUUUAAUUCAUUAAGAAUAUAAACUUGAACAUGUAAUUCAAUUUAUUCAAUUUAAUUCAGAUAAAAUUUAAUGAAAGAGAUUUUACAGCUUACUAUAAUCUUCUUUUCUUCAAUUAAUACUUUUUAUUGAUAAUUAAAAAAAAAUUAGUUAUCAAUUUUUUUAAGGAACUAUUUCAAUUCAAUCAAAAAUUGUAACAAUAUUAUUCUAAUAAAAAAUUAAUAUUCUUAUAAAAUAAAAAAUACGUAGAAUCGAUAUUGUCUGUUACCAAAUAUCGAUCGUUUCACUAUCGAUUAUGUAUCGAUCAAAUAUGGCGGUAUUAUUUCUAAAUUUUGUUUUUCCUAAGUAAUAUUUAUUUGCAGUGCUGUGGAAUCAUCGAUUUCGUGACAAUAAAAUUUUCUGUUUUCUGGAUGUGACGCGGAUGCGCACAAAACUUUGACGUCAAACAUUCCCGCUGAACGGACAGGACCUUCCGGCUCCUAUGGAUAUUGAUUUUCCGUGUUUCGAGGUUUCUAGAGCAGCCGAAUAUGCGCAUGUACAGCUAUAUGUGCGCAUGCGUAGCCAUUGACAUCAACAUGGCGGUCUACGGCGCUCGAAUCUUCUUUCGUCGCAUUUCAACGCGUUCGCGAUGAUACACAAGGAUGCACAAAGUAUACGAAUGUAUAAUUUAAUUUACGAACCUCUUGCGAGGUCUUGCUGAUCAAUAUGGCUGACAAUAAAAGUGCCAUUGUCAUAUACUUGCUGAUCGUCAUUUCAAUCGCAAUUGUUGAUGGGCAAUUAUUGUCUACGGAACAUCGAACUCAAGCAGCAUCAGAACGAGUGAACAAUUUAUGGUGUUAUCAAUGUGAAACGAUGGAAGAUGGAGAGAGAUGUUCCAAUCUUACCGGAAAUUAUAGCGCUUUCGAGUACAAGUGCACUGGUGACAAAAGGACUUGCAUGGUGAAGCGAUUUUCUUACACCACCAGCACUGAAGAUUCAACCUCUAGUCCUCAAACGUGGUCGAUGGAAAGGAAAUGUACUAGUAAAUGCGAUCCUGGAUGUAUAGUGAUCGGCGAACGUACAAAAUUGUCGGCUUGCACUACUUGUUGCGAACAAUCGUUUUGCAAUGUUGGCACUGGUGCUGCGAAUGAAUUGACGAUAAAUUGGAUCGAUCUAUUUCUAGCUUUAGUAUUGCAAAUUACAUUGACAAUCAUUAUACAUCCGUCCUGACAUUGCAAACAAAAUGAUUCUCAAUCUUCCUUGUAAAUAAUAUAAUCAGUUAAUUAUUAUGUACAUAUCAUUCGAAUUUUAAUUUUGAUAAAAUGAAAAUGAAAAAUUUCGUGACAUUUAUGCUUAAACAUACGCUGUAAUAUACGUUGCAAUAUGCAUAAAUGUAAUAUUUAUUAUAUUUAAUUUUGUAAAUAUAUUAGAAAUCAAUUUGAAUGUUUCAUAUUCCAUAAAGUUACAUUAUACUAUAUCAUGGAUUAAAAUGUAUUUGAAUAAACUUUAGAAAAAUAUUAAAAAUAUUAUCGAAAAAUUGUUAAUAACACGAUAAUAAUUAAUUCAGGAGUAUGAUGAAGUAUUGUUCAAUUAUUUAAAUUGAACGUGUCUUCUUAUUUAUAAUUUUAUUACUAUAUUUCAAAUUAUUAUAUAAUGUUGCAACAUAUAAUAUAAUAUAAUAUUACUGUAAAUUGUAUAAAUAUUUAUGAAUUUUAUUUAUUUAAUUUUUGAACUGAUUGUUCUUUGUAAUAAACACUUUUUAUUGAUAUUAA